AUGGUCUCCGCUGAAACUAAACAAAAGGUCGAGAGUUUGAUCAAGGAUAAGCCAAUUUUUAUUGCUUCCAAGUCCUACUGCCCAUACUGUGUCAAGACCAAGAACACUGUUGGUGCCAUCACCAAGGAAGCUUACAUCCUUGAGUUGGAUGAGAUUCCCGAUGGCCAGGAGAUUCAGGAUGCUUUGUUGGAGAUCACCGGCCAGAGAACUGUGCCAAAUGUGUUUAUUGCUGGAGAGCACAUUGGAGGCAACUCUGAUGUCCAGGCUUUGAGCUCUGCUGACAAAUUGGAGCCAAAGAUCCGUGCUGCUUUGUAA